AUGGAGGCAGAGUCGACGCCUACGGCUCGGCCCAUGAUGACAGACGAGUCGACGUUGGAGAUGAGCUUAGGAGACACGACGUCCAAUAUAUCUUCAUUACAUAAAGGUGAUGAUUCACUUCUAGGGAGCGCUCUCCUUGGUAGUGGCAGUGACCCAGCACCUAGCUUGCGACAUUUGUCAGAGUCGGUAACAAGAUCAGCAGAGGAGUGUGAAACACCUGAACAAGUACAGGCCCAGCUUCAUAUAUUACGCCAAUUAAAUGAAGUAUUUGAAGCAUACGAAAAGACGCUUUCCAGCAGCUUGGAAGAAAUGAACAUAUUCUCCCAGAAAAUCAAAGAGACAGAUGCACUAUUAAAUGUCUACUUACAUAUCCUGACGCAGGCACAGCGCCGGCGUGCCCUGAUGAAUGAUACGUCGUGGCAUGGUGCUACACAAGAAGCACAGCGCGAACGAGAAUUACGGCAACGUGAAGCACAAAUGCACGCGGCAGCUGCAGCGUCCGCUGCAACUGCUUCUAUGACUACUUCAACAAACCGCAAGAGCCAGCGAGGAGGAUCGACACGCCCCCCGAGUAUAUCGCGUGGAUCGUCCACAACGCGGCCCGCCCGGGGCCGAGCGCCUCCGUCGUCACGAGCCUCGACACGUGGACGCGCACCCCCACAUUCGUCUAUGACACGUUCUACGACAGAUGCUUCUUCGAAUACACAGCCUCGCGCUCGAUUUGCUUCCUCAAUCCCUGUACGAGGUGCAGCCACCCAUAAAUAG